AUGGGCGGACUCGCUGCACUCACAGCUACAGCAGGAACAGCUGGGAUCGGGAACGGCAAAGAACGAGACCGGGACGGCAAUCUACCAGGCAAUGACAACAACCAGGAGACGCAGGCCAGCCAAGCAAGCGGUACCAACAACCAGGAUGUCCAGGACGGCUACGAGCUCAUCGAGAUUAUUGGGCGGCUCGAGGAAUCGGGGUUUUUCAAUGAUACGCAGGACAGCCAACCAGGCAGCACCAACAACCAGAAUGCCAAAGCGAACAACCUACAUAGCGAGAUCGACAACCAGAAUGUCACGGACAGCUACCGUCUAGAAAAGAUUCGAAAGGCUCUCGAGGAGAUAGGGUUUUGGAACGACACUCAGGACACCCAAGCAAGCAGUACCGACAACGAGAAUGUCCGAGAAAGCUACAUACUUGACGAGAUUAAUAAGUCUCUCGAAGAUUUAGGGUUGCAGGAUGACACGCAGGACAGCCAACCAGGUAGCACCAAUAACCAGAAUUCCCAGGCCAACGAAGCAGACAAAUCACAAGGUUUCUGGGAGAGGGCCAUGAGUGGCUGGGGCGAACUUCAACGACAGGCGGGACGUGACAUGAGUAGAUCCAAGGGUAAACUUGGGCGCUAA